AUGUCCCAAAAUUUAGAACUCGCAACAAGAUUGCUUCAUGCGGAUGAUGAAGCACAUUCUGAAGUCAACGUCGCCCCAGCUAUAUCUGUCUCAACCACCUUCCGUGCACCGGGACCAGUGAAGCUAGAGUAUCCUGACGAACCUGAUGUGACUUCUCCUCAGAGACACAUUUAUAGUCGCUAUACAACCCCGAUUUCUACUAGAGUAGAAAAGGUCCUCUCGGCACUUUUGGGGGGACACGCGAUUACAUACGCAUCGGGAAUUGCUGCAACUUAUUCAGCACUUGUACACUUAAAUCCUAAGCGUCUCGCAAUCAGGGACGGCUAUCAUGGUGUCCAUGUAUCCAUCGAUGUGUAUAAAAAGGCCAAACCCGAAUUGGAAAUUAUCGAUAUCGACGAUGAAUUCAAGGCCGGAGAUCUAUGUUGGGUUGAGACUCCGCUUAACCCUACAGGAGAAGCACGCAACCUGAAGUAUUAUGCGGAGAAGGUUCAUGCUGUGGGUGGUCGUCUCAUCGUGGACUCCACUUUUGCGCCUCCCCCUAUCCAAGAUCCGUUCGCAUGGGGAGCCGAUGUCGUACUCCACAGCGGAUAUGAAUUACAGGGACCAAAUAUCUCGGAGGUCAUUCGGAUCUAUUAUGUGGAGUGCUUGCGAACUCUUGAGUUGCGAGCUACACGACAAGCUGAAAAUGGGGCAGCCCUGGCCCAGUGGCUCCACAGAGUAUCACAGACGCCGGCCGGUCAAUCGUGGGAUGGGGUUAGAGGAGGGUCGAUUAAGCAUGUUUGGCACGCAACGCUACAAGGCCAGAAGGACCAAGGAUGGAUCAAGAAGCAAAUGCCCGGCGGAGGUCCAGCUUGUUUCUCUUUUAUGCUUGAUGACCCGAACGAAGCGAGGGUUUUGCCGUACAUGUUGAAGUUGUUUACGCCUGCAACUUCGUUAGGAGGCGUUGAGUCGUUAAUUGAACAACGAUAUCUUUCCGAUGCUGGGGCAGACAAGCGACUAAUCCGGCUAAGCGUCGGCCUCGAGAAUUUAGAGGAUCUAAAGGAGGACUUGCGUCAGGCACUAAAUGGAGUCCCAGCAAAGGUCAAGGCACGGCUUUAA